GUGACUGCCUGAUUCAUACAAAACUUCUGGCUAAGAUUUCACUUCUCUCUACAACCGAAAGUGUUCAGCAGCAGAGCAAGGUUUCUGUCCCCAAAAACUUCCUUGUGAGAUUCACUGAGGUGCGACUGCCGGCUCUGGGCCCCUAGAGAUAUUUGGUUUCACUGUGCCGGCGAAGAAAUUUUUCCAGAAGAUUAAACUAAACACACAAAGUUUUCCGUGUUGGAAGCAUGAUGAUCCUCUACCUAGCGCUUUUGGUUCUUCCACUGGUGAGCGCUGGCCGAUUCUUAGAAGACACACUGGACUCAGAAUGGGAGCAGUGGAAAAGAACAUAUCAGAAGCAAUACAAUGGGAAGGUUGACGAGUUGACGAGGCGCUUGAUCUGGGAGAAGAACUACAAGUUCAUCAUCCACCACAACAUGGAGUAUUUUCAAGGGCUACAUACCUAUGAGAUGGCCAUGAACCAGUUAGGAGAUAUGACCAGUGAAGAAGUCUCAAGGACAAUGACAGGUCUCAAAGUUCCUCCCCGAAGCAGAGCCAGGAACAACACUAUCGAUGAUGAUGAUGAUGGGACGGGUGCCCUCCCAGACUCCAUUGACUACAGGAAAAAAGGUUACGUCACACCAGUUAGGAAUCAGGGAUCCUGUGGGUCAUGUUGGGCUUUUAGCUCUGUAGGAGCUUUGGAAGGACAACUGAAGAAAAAAACUGGAAAACUGAAUGUCCUCAGCCCCCAGAACCUUGUAGAUUGUGUCACGAAGAAUGAUGGAUGUGGAGGAGGCUUCAUGACCAACGCCUUUGAGUAUGUGAGGGACAACAAAGGGAUUGACUCAGAGGAAGCCUAUCCUUAUGUUGGAGAGGAUCAGCCCUGUAACUACACCGCAGCUGGCAGAGCGGCCAAAUGUAAGGCUUACAAGGAGGUGCCACAAGGGAACGAGAAGGCUCUGAAGAAGGCGGUGGGCACCGUGGGGCCUGUGUCAGUGGGCAUCGAUGCCACCCUCCAAAGCUUCCAGUUUUACAGUAAAGGUGUGUACUAUGACGCAGAUUGCAAUGCAGAAGAUAUAAACCACGCUGUCCUCGCUGUCGGGUAUGGCGUCCAGAAGAAGGCCAAAUACUGGAUUAUAAAGAACAGCUGGGGCGAUACCUGGGGAAAUAAAGGCUACAUCCUAAUGGCCAGGGAUAGAGGGAAUGCCUGCGGCAUUGCCAACCUUGCCAGCUACCCUCUCAUGUGAUCUGUAUUGGACGCAGAUGAAGAAGACUUUAGCGCCACCGCCCAUCAAGCAGCCCUUCCACUAUAAGCCCUGUUGUAUGUGGCUCCUUUUGUUUCCAUCCUUAUCGUCUCAGGAAAACAUUUAGAAUUUAGUC